UGGGAAGAUCGACGGAGGGAGUAUCAAUGUAACCUGAUUUUAUUGACUUUUUAUAAUAAAAAAAUAAAAAAAUCUUUCGCAGCGAGCAGAAGAAAAUUGAAUUUUUAUCUCUAGAUUUUUGAAGGAAUGGUGACUUCGAAGAAGCGUUGAUCGCAUUGCCCAGAUAUGUGUUGGGCAGUAUAGAUGAGUGCUGCUGCUAUUCACUAAUCCCAUUUAGGGAAAGCUUCUGUUGGUUUUGAGUUGUAAUUGACAUGAGACGAAAGGCUUAAAAACCGAAUUUUGAGAUUCAUUUGGAGUAUUCUGUUGGUUCUGAGUUGUAAUUGACAUGUUUUCUGAGAUGUUAUUAUUAUUAUGAGCCGCUGACUGAAUCGGAGGGUGGGGUUUUCUUUUUUCCUUUUCUUUUUCGUACUAAAUAUGGGCAACGGUGUGGGUAAACUGAGCGUCUGCUUCACGGGUGGCGGCGACGCCAUCGAAGCGCGGCGGCGGAGGAAUUUCCAAGCGGUGAUGUCCGACCCUUUGGACGACUUGGGCCACUCUUUCUGCUACGUUCCAGACGUGGCGCGUCUCUCCACCUCCAAGGUCCACUCCGAGGAGACGACGGCGCCGUUCCGCUCUAUUUCCGGCGCCUCCGUCAGUGCCAACACCUCCACGCCGCUCUCCACGGCGUUCGUCGACGUGUACUCGUACAACAACAUCGAUCGGUCUUCUACCUUCGAGAGCUCCACCUCCUUCGCUUCCAUGCCUCUCCAGCCCAUACCCAGAAACUCUGUUCACUCCGGCCCGCUUCUUGCCUCCGGCGGAUUCAUGUCCGGCCCAAUUGAGAGGGGGUUCUUGUCGGGACCCCUCGAUCGGGGCAUCUUCUCCGGCCCCCUCGAGAAGGGCUCUUCCGAUCAGUUCCGGCGGAGCUUCUCUUAUGGAGGAGGAGGAGGGUUUGCGCUCCGAUCCCGGUCGAGGAAGCGGAAAUUGAUUCGGGUCAUCCAACAAGCCAUCUCGAAAACCAUAAGCCGGGGCCAGAACUCAAUCGUCGCCCCGAUUAAAGGGUCGGUUCCGAUCACAGAACCCGAUUGGGUUGUCGGGUCGGAGAAGCAGAACGAGUUAACCAUCAGCAGCGAGUGCAGCUUAGAUGACGACGGAGACCAAAAUCUCCAAUGGGCUCAGGGAAAAGCCGGCGAAGAUCGGGUUCACGUGGUGGUAUCCGAAGAACACGGGUGGGCUUUCGUGGGGAUUUAUGACGGAUUCAACGGUCCGGAUGCUCCUGAUUAUUUGGUCUCCAAUUUAUACCCAGCCGUUCAUAGAGAGCUCAAGGGGCUGCUAUGGGAUGACAAGUUUGAAUCAAGAAUCGCCAAUGCCGAUCAUCUCUGUCUCAAUUUUCAGCCUUCAUAUCCAAAACCCGAACAGGGGAAUCGAACCCUAAAAGAUGGAGUCUUGAGAGAUAGAACAAAUGAUGAUUGCUCUAAAUGUGUUGAGCAAGAAGUGUAUCCUUCCACAAGGGAAGAUUCUAAUUCCGAUCCCAAGUUUAGGAAAAGAAGGGGAAAGAACAGAUACAGGGGUGGAGCUGCCAAGAAAUGGGAGGAAAACCAGAGGAAGUGGCGGUGCGAAUGGGACAGGGAAAGGCUGGAGCUUGACAGGAGGUUAAAGGAACAGUUUAACCGGAACGGGUCUCACGUUUCUGGGGAAAUUAACCACGGUGAUGUACUGACAGCUCUGUCUCGAGCAUUGAAGAAGACGGAGGAGGCAUAUUUAGACCUUGCAGAUAAGAUGCUUGUGGAAAAUCCUGAACUAGCUUUGAUGGGUUCUUGUGUGAUGGUAAUGCUGAUGAAAGGGGAGGAUGUUUAUGUGAUGAAUGUUGGGGACAGCCGCGCAGUGUUGGCUCAGAAGAAGGAGCCUGAUCUUUGGAGCCAAGAUUUGGAAAGAAUCAAAGAAGAAACACUGCACGAUCUUGAAGGGUUCGACGGGGAUGAAGGGUUGGAUCUUGUUUCGAGUUUAACUGCCUUUCAGCUCACCACUGAUCACAGCACCUCAGUGGCAGAGGAAGUCGAAAGAAUAAGAAAGGAGCACCAAGAUGAUGCUUCCACUGUUGUGAAUGGCCGGGUGAAAGGCUCUUUAAAGGUAACCCGAGCUUUUGGCGCGGGUUUUCUCAAACAGCCGAAAUGGAACAAUGCACUUUUAGAGAUGUUCAGAAUUCACUAUGUUGGGACUACACCAUACAUAAACUGCAAUCCAUCCCUAUACCAUCACAGAUUGGGAGGAAGAGACAGGUUCUUGAUAUUGUCAUCAGAUGGACUGUAUCAGUACUUCACGAACGAAGAAGCGGUUAUGGAAGUUGAGCAUUUCAUCGCGUGGUCCCCGGAAGGAGAUCCCGCUCAGCAUCUUGUUGAGAAGGUGUUGUUUCGCGCAGCAAAGAAAGCAGGUUUGGAGUUCCAUGAAUUGCUCGAAAUCCCUCAAGGGGAUAGACGGAAGUACCACGACGAUGUCUCCAUCAUCGUUAUUUCACUUGAAGGGAGAAUAUGGAGAUCAUGUGUAUAACUAGGAAUAAUGUGAUGUAGAGAUUUGAAGGAAAAAAACUACCAUUUUUGCCCUUGCUCUUUUUUUCUUUUUCUUUUCUCCCCCGUCGUGUCGCCUCGGCAAGCAUGACAACGAAAGCCGCUCUGGAAACAGGGAGUUGACAUUGUUGUGCAGUGUAGAUGAGGGAGGGGGAUUGUAAAGGUGUAAAUGCAGCUGCAUUAUUAAUCUGAAGUCCUACCAAAUGUGCUGUCAUAGAAAAUCAAAAUCUUUCUCUAAUAAAGACUUCCUCUAGAA